AAACAUCGUGUCGAUUUUCCUUCAAGUUUAAACUGAUUUCUUGAUCAUUGAAAAAAAACAUUCUUUUUAAAUUCAUUAAAUUAAAGAUUUUAAAUUCCUCAUUUGAAAUUGAAAAUGAUGGAUCCUAAUAUUGGCUGGUUUCAGCCUGAACAAGAAGGACCGGCAUUAAAAUUAUGGGUUUCCUUAUGGAAACGUGCCAAAAUGAGCCACCAUACGGCCAUCGAAAAUCAACCCGAUUUUGUCCCUAUCACCAAUAAUAUUAAUGGUGUUCACCAUCAUAAUGAUCAUCAUCAUACUCAUCUUGGACAUCAAAUGAAUGAUAAUAAUAAUACUGAGGAUUGUCAUAAACAUCAACCAGACCAAACAAUGCCUUCCACAAUCACGCCUAUUUCUAUGUUUCCAAAUGGACCCUAUCAUCCAUUUUAUUUAAAUCAUAUGGCUAAACGAAAUCAUUCGGAUAAUCCGGCAUCUACAUAUAAUUUUAACGAUAAUCAAAAUAUUUGUGCUAAAUAUAAUGGUACACCUUGGCGUACAAUACGUGGGCAUUACAGUCCUGGAAUUAUUGGCCUACAUCAAGAAAUCGAAGAUUUUUAUAAUUAUAUGAAACCAACACCAGAAGAACAAUUUAUGCGACAAAACGUUGUCAAAAGAAUUUCUACCGUUAUCAAUAAUUUUUGGCCUGAAGCCAAAGUGGAUUAUUUUGGCAGUUUUCGUACCGGUUUAUAUUUACCGACAAGCGAUAUAGAUAUGGUUGUAUUCGGUAAAUGGGAAACCAUACCAUUGUUCACAUUAGAAAAAAAAUUGUUAGAAUCUGGUAUUGCCGAAGAUAAUAGUAUUAAAGUGUUGGACAAAGCUAGUGUGCCUAUCAUUAAAUUAACUGAUCAAGAGACCAAAGUUCGUGUGGAUAUCAGUUUCAAUACUAGUAAUGGAAUUAAAAGCGCAAAAUUAAUCAAAGAUUAUAAACAAAAAUAUCCUAACCUAGAAAAACUAGUCUUUGUGUUGAAGCAAUUUCUUCUGCAACGAGACUUGAAAGAAGUUUUCACUGGUGGUAUUAGUUCAUAUUCGUUAAUAUUGAUGGUCAUUAGUUUCAUUCAAUUACAUCCACGUAUCGAAGCACGCUUGCCUGAUGCUAAUUUGGGAGUUUUGUUGAUUGAAUUUUUCGAAUUAUUUGGGCGUUAUUUCAAUUAUUAUCGCGUUGGUAUACGUGUCAAAGAUGGUGGUAAUUUUGUACCUAAAUGUGAAAUUCAGAAAAAUAUGGAUUCCAAUUAUCGUCCUUCCAUUUUAUGUAUCGAAGAUCCUUUAAAUCCGUCUAAUGAUAUCGGCAAAAAUUCUUACGGUGCUUUGAUGGUCAAACAAGCGUUCGAGUAUGCAUUCACUACCUUACAUCAAGCUGUCGGUCCAUUAUCGACAACUGUCGAUCAAACGAAAUCUAUAUUGGGUCGUAUAGUUCGUGUCACAGAUGAAGUAAUUGAUUACAGAAAUUCUAUCAUCGAAAAGUUUCCGCUGCCAUAUUCAGAUUUAACGAGUAUAGACAACAAUAAUGACAAUAAUCCAAAUGGUGGUGGAAGCAGCGGAAAAAAUUCCGGAACAAAUCUAGAUAGCGCAAGUAGUAAAUAUUUUGGUGGAUCACUGACUAACAGCAAUCAUCAUCGUCAGACCAAAUCUCCUCGACAUAACCAUCAUAAAACGACAAAUUGUAAUCUGAAUUCGACAGAUUUCGAUAAAGAUUCAAGUGAUAGCGAUGAUUUCAUCUGUGAUACAAAUUCAACGAAAUCCAAUUCACUUCCUUCAAUGACACAAUCACGUCUUCCCAGGACACAAAAACGAACGAUAGCAGCUGCUCUAUUCAGUCAUUAAUGUUGACGAAUCAGCCACAACCGCCCGUUCUGUUUCAGCCGUCAAAUCAAUUUCAAUCAAUACCUACACCAUUUUUAUC